CGGUGAACUUUAAGUGGGAUCCCGCUAAAAGAGGGGCACCUUGCAUUGGUCGAUCAAUUCGAGCUUUCCUUUCUUGAACUUCGCAUUCACUUCUACCUUUGUAUCGCAUCGCAUUAUUGCAAACUUUAUUUGAAUAGUUCAUUCACCAUGGAAGGUACACAGCAUACGACAACAGCUUUAAUUGGUAAGUUUAAAUUAUUUCUUUGCAAAUCUUAUGAUUUCAAUUCAACACAAUCAAUCGACACAAUCACCAUCACCAUCGCGACGACAGCUACAAGAGCGAAGUACAUUAUUAAGACUCAACUUCAACAUGUCUGAUCCCAAUUUCUACGGUCCUCCGGGUGAUGAAUCUAGGCUCAAAAGUCCCUCCAACGAAUCAGCUGUAUGUCACACCACGGACGACUUUCUUGAUGCUCCGCUGUCCAGCCGCAGCGUACCUCAGGAUGACGGCGAGCAUUUCCGUGACCUUUCACAGCUCGUUGCAUAUGAUGAUGGUAUGGCAUCAAGUUCCACGUUAUCCUCCAACGAAUCUGUUGAUGAGAAGACACCAAGUUCCAAACCCCCUGAAGAAGUCACAGCGACUGCCUCACAGCCUAAUCUUUUGCGUCCUUCUCUAUCCAGAUUGUCGUCAAUUAAAUCUGCGACAUCCAUUACUACGGAUGGUACUCUCCAACUUGAACCUGGUGAUGAAAUUAUACGAAGCUUCGGCUCGUUCAAGCAGGUCAUAUUGAUCGAUCCACCUGGUGCCACAGUCAAAGUACGCAAGUCCAAAGCUAACAGACUCCUAGACCGUCAAGAACGUGCGAUAGCUGCUUUACUCACCCGUUUCAAGAAUCUGGUUGUACUCGCUGCGUUACCUACUGAAGAUGCUUUUGCAAAGGAAACUGCUGCUGCGGAGGGAUUAAGAAUGGAGGUUGAGAGCAAUGCGUUGGUAGAAUUAUUUUCAUUUUGUUCUACCUAGUCUCUAUAGAAUUCGAUUUGGAGUUGAGGGAACAUUGCUAACAAAGACAUGAAUAGACAAGUGCAGCAGAGGACCUAUUGAAAUUAACUCGAGAAUUGAAGGAACUAUGGAUUUUUGGGGCAUUGAGAGGAAUUGGUGAAGGAGAAGGUGAUGGAGAAAUGGAGGAGGAUUCGAAGAAGGUUGCGGAAUUGAUCGAGAAACAAUUGGAGAAAAAGCAUGAGCAAGAGAAACACAAGGCAUGAUCAAGAUCUAUAUAGGAUAUUUGGAGUUCAAUGGGGAAUACGGGGCAUACCGGGCAGGCUUUCUUACAAUCGAUUUCCAUGGAGUAUGUGGGAGAGCAUGGAAAAAGGUGGCAGAUACCAGGCGUUUUGGUAGAAUCCCGUUUGAAAACUUCUUGCCAAUAAUCUGCGAGUACGAGAUAUAUCUAUUAAUGGUAUGAAGUAUUGGUAGGUAACUUCUUUGUAUCUACCCAAAUAUAGAAUAAUUU